AUGUCAUUUUAAGUUUAUAAACCUUGCAAUUAAACAUAAAAUAAAGAAGAAUAUAUUUGUACAAAUAAGUAGUGUCUGGCUGAACAUAAAAAGUAGCUACACUGCUAUCCUUGUUUAACGAAAUUGCAUAGGGAUAAAAAAUAGAAAAUUUCUCACCUUGAUGAUUUUAUGGAAAUGUCUUAAAUAAUGAUAAAGGUUUAGUAAAAAAAGGAUUAAAGAACAUUAUUUUUGAAUUAAAUCUAACAAAAGGCAAUUGACUUUUAAAAAGAGAAAGUUUAAUAUAUAUAGAAAUAUCCAUUUCAUGCAAUUGAGUAUUUAGAGGAAGUUGUUCUAAAAGUUGAGAAUGAAAUAUCAAAAUUCUUAAAUUAUUUAGGUUGUUAAUAAUAAAUGAUGAAUAAGGUUUAAUUUUAUAAUUAGGAAAAUCAUAACGUUAUAUUUGAUUUGUUUCAUUCAAACGAAAAUCAAUAUGUUUCAAAUGUUUAAUAAAAACUUUAUGAUUUAUUUACAAAUGUGAACAAAUUUCUCCAAUAAAAAGAUUUAAAUGUUUAUGAAACAUUGUUAAAGUAUAAUAAUAAUAUAAUAAUUUGAUAGUUAAAAGAAAAAAUUUUAAGUAUUAGAAGAAAAAGUUUAAGCUUUAGAAAAACCCUUUUCGUUGUUUAAAUUAAUAAAAUAUUUUUCAGCAAUUUUAUUGGUUAUUAUAUUUAGUAAUUUAUUUUGGUAACAAACUAAUUAAAACACAAAUAUUCUUUUCAAGGAUGAAUAAAAAUUAAUUGAAUCGAUUAAAUUGACUGUUUAAGAAUAAAUGAGUCUUUUAUAAUUAGAUACAAAAAAUUAAAUUGAUGAAAUGAAAUAAAAAUGGUUUGAGGAAUUAAUAAAAGAAAUAGAAUAUUUAAAAUUAUUUAAUCAAAAAUUAAAAAUUGAUAUAAUGGAAUUAUAGAAAAGCUUAAAAGAUCAAAAUUAAGCUUAAAUAUUAAUUAAUCGUAAUUAGAAAAUUUAGAUUGAAAUAUUGGAACAAUAAUUUUAAAAUUAAACAAAUUUGAUUACAAGUUUAGAAAUGAAAUUUGAGAAUUAUACAAAUUAAGAAAAUUAAAAUUAAUUUUAAGAGUAAAAAGGAUAUAAUAAUAGAGAGAAUAAAGAUUAAUUAAUAGUAAUAGAAGGAUAAGAUUAAAAAGUGGAUAUAAAAUUAGAAAAAGCAUUAAAAGAAAUGAAAUAAUUUGUAAUAGAGAAGAUAGAAAUUAAUCGAAAUUAUUACAAUGCUUAAUUAGAAUUAUUAGGUAGAAUUCAUACAGAUUUUCCAAUAAUAUUAUUAACAGGAUUCUAACUUUAAUAUUUUAAUGAUUUUACAGUUCAAUUUACAAUGAAUAAAAUUAAAGAUAUAAAAGAAUAAGUAAGCCACUAAGCAAUAAUAUGUUUAGGAGGAAUAGAUAUGAAAAAAUAAGAUAGGUUUGUUUUAAUGGCAUGUGAUUAUGCAUUUGAAGUAUUUUAAGAGACAGUAAAUGUAAAAAAAGCCAGAAAAAGUAGAAGUGGUGAUUAGUUAUAUUGGUAUUUAGUUAAGAAUUAUUCGAUUGGAUUUUCUCCAAAUGAAAUUAUAGAUCUCAGAUAAACAGAUAAUUAAGAUGUUCAUGAUAAAAAAAGAUUUAGUCAUCUUUUAGAUCAUCCUAAUGGAGGAGGAAGAAGAAUAGGAGAUUAACUUACUCUUGCAUAUUCACCUGAUCAUAGUUUUGCAAUUUAUGCUAUUGAAUGA